CUAGAUAUUGAAAUCUUUUUUGAGGAGGUCGUUGAAUGUCUCUGGGACAUACUGGACAGAAAGGAACUGCUCCACCUGCUGAAUGAAUUCCUGGAAAGAAUUAAGACUGAGGCCAGUUUGUCCAGGAAAGAAGUGGAGGCAUUACGUGAAUUUCUGAAUGAGUUGAAGACAGACUUGGCUAUGGAAGACCAAGAGAGAUUCCAACGGGACCUGCUAGACAGGGAGAGGUUUAUAAAGGAGUUUCCUCAAGUGAAAAAGGAGCUGGAAAAGAGCAUAAGAAAGCUCUACGCACUUGCAGACAGGGUUGACAAGUCGCACAGGGACCAUACCAUCUUCAAGGUGGCGGCCAACUCUACCAGCACUGUGUCUGGUGUUCUGAACAUCCUUGGCCUGGCUCUGGCACCCGUGACAGCAGGGGGCAGUUUGGCACUCUCGACCACUGGGUUAGGGCUGGGAGCAGCAGCUGCUGUGACCACUAUGUCCACCAGCAUCGUGGAACACUUUAGUAGGUCAUCAGCAGAAACGGAAGCCAGUGGCCUGUUGUCAACUAGCAUCAAAGAAAAUGUGUCUGUGGGAGCUCGAUGUCUGUCUGCACUUGGGAUAGCUUUUUCUACAGCGAAAGUCUACAAAUCCAUGCAAGGGAUUAGGAAAAAUGUCCACGCUGCAAAGCUGGUGAAAGACAACUCUCAGUUAGCAGCCCAUGCUAAAAACUUCACAAGCACUGGGCAAGUCUCCAUCCAAACAAGCAAGGAGGUGAACGAAGCUUUCAAAGGCACAGUUCUGGCAAUGACCAAAAAGGCCCGGGUCAUUGCUGGAGGCUUUGCAGGAAUCUCCCUUCUAGUGGAUGUGGGCUUCCUGGUAAAAGAGUUAAUGCACUUGCAUGAGGGGGCAAAGACAGAGUUGGCUGAGAAGCUGAGGCAGCAGGCCAGGGAGCUGGAGAAGAAGUUGAAGGAGCUCAUACAGACCUAUGAGAGGCUGAAGUAA